UGGAACUUCCACACCAGAAAAGGUCACAGUAUCAAUUCAUUAUUUAUUUUCUUUUGUUAUUAUUUAACACCACAUGUAGUUUUUUUUUUCUUCUUCCUCCAAAGAUUCCACACCUUCCCACACCAUCCUUUGCAGUUGUUCUAAUCUCCCAGUGUUUGUUUUUCUUUUUUGUCCACAUCAAACCGCCUCUCCACUCUCUUUUUUAUUUAAUUUUUUUUACCAAAGAUAAAAUAAACAAUAAUCUAUUUUGCUUCCUUUUUCCCCCACUUCUGCUAGCUUUAAAACCCCAGACUCUUCCCCUUAGAUUCCACAACAAACACUCAACACAAGAAAGAAAAAGGAAGAAAAAGAAAAACCAGUACACAUUUUCCUUCACUUGCAUUUCCCUUUUCUAUUUCACACAAUCACUCUGAGCUUAACUCUAUGAGUGGAAGAAGAAACCAAACCAGCCCGGUUGGAAGCCCUUUGUCUGGGAAUGUCUCAGACGGCUCUUCCAAAGAGCAAGACAAGUUCCUCCCCAUUGCUAACGUGAGCCGUAUCAUGAAGAAGUCCCUCCCUGCAAAUGCCAAGAUCUCAAAGGAGGCCAAGGAAACCGUCCAGGAGUGUGUGUCUGAGUUCAUAAGCUUCAUCACGGGUGAAGCGUCUGACAAGUGCCUGAGGGAGAAAAGGAAGACUAUCAAUGGAGAUGACCUUCUUUGGGCCAUGACAACCCUUGGAUUUGAGAAUUAUGUAGGACCCUUGAAAGGGUAUCUCAACAAGUAUAGGGAGACUGAGGGGGAGAAGAACUCCAUGACUAGACAAGAAGAAGACCCUUCUCAACAACAGCAGCAACAUCUCAACACUUCAAACACCAAUAUGCAGCAUAGUUCUAACAAUGAGCAAAUGAACACAGUUCUUAAUGCCAAUAAUAUUUCUAUGUCAACCUCUAAGGUGGAUCUUUUCAAUGGUGGCUUCUAUUUUCUUGAGGGACAACAGCAACAGCAGGAAGUGACUCAAAACUACAAUUUGGUGAGUGCUGGGGCUUAUAAUUUGAGUAGGAUUAAUGAGAGUGGAGAUGUGAAUGGAAACAGAGAUUUGGCAACUCAUCAUCUUCAUAAUGGCAUAGGAUGGUAGAUGUUGAAAAUUAUACAAGAGGUACCUUAAAAUAUUAUUUAUAUAUAUAUAUAUUUAAUUAUAUCUUUGUUGCAUUUAGUUGACAAUUUAUUUAACAGCACUUAUUGGAGAUGCUUUUGCUCAACAUACAACGAGCAGAGAGCUUUGGAGACUUCAUUUCCAUAUGU